UUUCUCGUGAAAAAAGGAAAUUGCUGGGAUGUUACACUAACCAGUACACUGCCAAAACACUUGGAGGGGAGAAAAAAAAAAACAGUAACCACCGUACCUGUUUUGGAGAAGAGCCUCUCUUUCUCUCCCGGUCGCCAUGUUCAGGGUCUUCUCUGCAAGUUAUCCAAUCUCUUUUUUUCUCUUUCUUGUUAGUGUAACUUGUUGUGCUAAGAAAAUCCAUCGCUGUGAUAAACCCCCUUCUUGCGGCAAUUUACAAAAUAUUUCCUAUCCCUUUGGAAUAGAAGGGGACCCAAAUAAUUGCGGCGACCCUAACUAUCUUCUGACCUGUGAGAACAAUAACACAGUAUUAAAGUUCUCUUCGGGAAUAUACUACUACGUGCAUGCAAUCCAUUACGAUAAUCGAACCAUCCGUGUCGUUGAUGCUGGUUUGCAACAGGGAAAUUGCACCUCUCUUCCUCUUUUUCCUUUUAAGUUUGAUGACUUUUCUUAUUAUAUAAAUAGACUUCAUUUGUACUAUCCUUAUGAGUGGUGGUCGUCAGAAAAGGUGACGUUUAUGAAUUGUGAGAAUCCAGUUAACUCUCCUUUCUUUUUGAAGACAGCCCCUUGUGUUGAUCAAGUUUUUACUUCGAAUUAUUCAUUGGCCUCCCCCAACAAGAACAAGCAUUCAUAUUCGUAUGUUGUGUUUGGGGACGUGGAGUUGGCAGAGAUUCCAGAUUUGUGCAGGGUGGACUUGGCAGUUGCAGUGUCGUCGAUAAAUUGCGACAAAAACUGUUCAUACUUAGACAUCUUCGAGGAGCUGCUAUAUGGGUUUGAAUUUUCAUGGCAUGAUAUUUAUUGCAAAGAGUGCGAAGGAAAGGGCUACUGCAUAUUUAAUCACGAUUAUUCCGAGGUCUCAGGAUGCUCUGCUUCCUUCAAUUUUCUGUAUAUGAUGCUUUACCUGGCCUACAUUUUGAUUUUUUAUGUAUUUCCCAUCCUCGUGUUAAGAUGUAUAUGUGGGACGCCAUGCAUUGCUACAUUCUUAAUCAUAAAAUGGCGAAGGAGACAUUUAUCGAUGUAUGACAAGGUUGAAGAUUUUCUUCGAAGUAACAAUAAUCUCAUGCCCAUCAUAUACUCUUAUUCAGAUAUCAAGAAGAUGACUAGAGGCUUUAAGGAUAAAUUAGGUGAGGGAGGCUUUGGUUCAGUAUACAAAGGGAAACUUGCAAGUGGGAGAACUGUAGCAAUAAAGAUACUGGGCAAGUCCAAAGCUAAUGGACAAGAAUUUAUCAAUGAAGUUGCCACGAUUGGGAGAAUUCAUCACAUCAAUGUAGUGCGGCUUAUUGGAUUUUGUGCUGAAAGAUCCAGGCGUGCUCUCAUAUAUGAAUUUAUGUGUAAUGGAUCUCUUGAGAAAUACAUCUUUUCGGGGAAAAAAGAAGUUGCUUUGAGUUGUGAAAGAAUGUAUGAAAUUUCUUUAGGCAUUGCUCGUGGAAUUGAAUAUCUUCAUAGAGGUUGUGAUAUGCAGAUUUUGCAUUUUGACAUCAAGCCUCACAACAUUCUUCUUGACGAGAAUUUCACAGCAAAAGUCUCAGAUUUUGGGCUUGCAAAACUGUAUCCAACAGAAGAUAGUAUAGUGUCUCUCACAGCACCAAGAGGAACAAUGGGCUAUAUGGCUCCAGAAUUGUUCUAUAAGAACAUUGGAGGUAUAUCUUACAAAGCUGAUGUUUAUAGUUUUGGAAUGUUGUUGAUGGAAAUGGCAGGAAGAAGGAAGAAUUUGAAUGCAUUUGCGCAGCAUUCAAGCCAAAUUUACUUCCCUUCAUGGGUUUAUGACCAGUUAUUGAUGGCAAAAAACAUAGAAAUUGAAGAUGCAACGGAGGAAGAAAAGAAAAUAAUCAAGAAAAUGAUGAUAGUAGCAUUAUGGUCCAUACAAAUGAAGCCUUGUGAUCGUCCCUCUAUGAACAGAAUUGUAGAGAUGCUUGAAGGAGAAGUUGAGUCUUUGCAUAUGCCUCCCAAGCCUUUUCUAUCUCCACAAGAGCCGCGCCAACUGGAUGCUGAAAUCAACCUGAAAGCACCAGAAUUACCAAUUUCACCGAAGGAUAGUGCGGAUUCUAAAAAUUCAGCUGUAAAUCCAACCUGAGAGAUCUUACAUCAGGGGAGUGCCUUUAUUAAUAUUAUCAACCAAAGUUCAAUUUUCCAAUGCAAUUUAGGUAGUUACUUGUUUCCUGCAUUUAACAAGAAUAAAUUCCCUCUAGUUUAACUUAGUA